GCAGGCGGUGAAGGACAUGACGUGGGGUCUCCAUGGCAGAAUCCAUCAUCAUGCAACUUGCGCAAGUGGUCUACGAAAAUCCCCCGCUGCUGCGAGUGGCUACGAGAUUGCGUACACGAUUUAGCCAAAAGCAGCACAGCCUUACGAAAGGAUUUACGAGAUGUCUUCUCUCCAGGCAAUCAAGUAUUCGCGGGGGAAACUCGAAGUUCUCGACCAACUACGCCUGCCCCAUUCAUUCCACUACGAUGUCGUUUCGAACCGAUCCGAAGCCUUCGACAGCAUUGCGUCCAUGCGCGUGAGAGGCGCUCCCGCAAUUGCUAUAGUGGCAAGUCUUGGACUUGCCGUCGAGCUCCACCACCAGGGGUUGGCCGCGGACUCUUCGUCUGAAGCGAUUACUCAGAUCGAUCAAGCUCUCGACUACCUCAAAGGCAGUCGACCAACCGCUGUGGACCUGAGUAACGCCAUUACUCAACUCAAGUCAAGAAUCCGCGAGUCGAGCGAAGGCACCAAAGAAGACAUCAUCUCAGCUUUCAUCGACGAGGCAGAGAAGAUAUUCGCCCAGGACCUGACAACGAACGUGGCCAUUGGAGACUCGGGAGCAGACUGGCUGCGCAGGAAUGCCGGUGCCACCGCUGAGACUCCUGUGUCAGUACUCACGCACUGCAACACUGGAUCGCUUGCGACAUCGGGACACGGAACAGCACUCGGUAUCAUCCGCUCCCUCCAUUCUAGAGGACUUUUGAAGCACGCCUACUGCACCGAAACUCGACCCUACAACCAAGGUAGCCGCCUCACGGCUUUCGAGCUAGUUUUCGAGAAGAUCCCAAGCACACUCAUCACCGACUCGAUGGCGGCGGCCUUGUUCCGUUUGCAGAAAGACAAGGCCAACGUUGCCGCUGUGGUGGUAGGGGCGGACCGCGUUGUUCGCAACGGCGAUACGGCCAACAAGAUUGGCACAUAUCAACUUGCAGUCCUUGCCAAGGCUCAUGGCAUCAAGUUCAUUGUAGCUGCACCAACGACUAGCAUCGACCUAGUCACGCCCGAUGGCAGCGGGAUCGCAAUCGAGGAGCGGAAAAAGGAAGAGUUGACACAGGUGACUGGCGCCAUAGUCAAGGAAGACGGCACAAUUGAGCAGGGCAGCAAGGCACGAGUGGCCACAGCCGACCAGCGAGUAGAUGUAUGGAACCCAGCUUUCGACGUGACGCCCGCCGAGUUCAUCGACACUAUUGUGACCGAAAAGGGCGCUGUUGAGAAGAGCGCGGAUAACACAUUUGACUUUAGUCAAAUCAUGGCGGAAAGGUGGGCGAGGGUGGUCAAUUCUUAGAUAGAGUCGGCCACAUAACGGCGCCUUUAAAUCGAAAGGAAUGAUCCUCAGAGCUCGUCGAGCGAAAGGGCAGAAUCGCCGGAGUCGCCAUGCAGGGCAUGCAUGACCAACCGCUGGUAGCCCUCCACCGCACUCUCGAGGUCACCUACAGUGACAUUUUCGUGCGGACCGUGAGCGACAAGAAUGGUACCCGGCCCAUAGAGAUACCGCGUGAAGUCUC